AUGAGCAGCACCAGUACUACCACAACCAACAGCAGCAGCAGCAGCAGCAGCAGCAGCACCAACCGCCGCAUCACCAGCGCCAGCACCUGCACCACCAGCAACAGUCCCAAUCACAACCGCAGCUGUACUUGCAGCAGCAGCAACAGCAGCAGCAGCAGCAACAGCAGCAGCAGCAGCAGCAGCAGCAGCAGCAGCAGCAGCAGCAGCAGCAGCAGCAGCAGCAGCAGCAGCAGCAGCAGCAGCAGCAGCAGCAGCAGCAGCAGCAGCAUCAUUACCAACCGCAGCAGCACCAGCGCCAGCACCCGCACGACCAGCAACACUCCCAACAACAACUGCAGCAGUACGUGCAGCACCAGCAGCAACAGCAGCAACAGCAUCAAAACCAGCAACAGCAGCAACAGCAUCAAAACCAGCAACAGCAACAGCAUCAAAACCAGCAACAGCAGCAACAGCAGCAACAGCAGCAACAGCAGCAACAGCAGCAACAGCAGCAACAGCAGCAACAGCAGCAACAGCAGCAACAGCAGCAACAGCAGCAACAGCAGCAACAGCAGCAACAGCAGCAACAGCAGCAACAGCAGCAACAGCAGCCCCGGCAAGAGCAUCAGCAUUAUUGCUACGACCAACAGCAGCACCAACAGCAGCAGCAACAUCCUCAGCAACACCCCCAGCAUCCCCCGCAACAACCGCAGCAGCACCAGCGUGUGA